GUACGUACUGAGCCUACGCCAGCGAGGCAGGCAGGGCGCUUCUCGAAUCGUACGACAAUAUUCGAACCUAGUAUACGUAAUAACAACACAGUGAAUCGAAUGCAUGCUGUCAUACAUUGCGCGCGUGUUAUAUCGUGUAAAUGGCGGUGCUGUCGGCAACAAAAACAUCACGGCGGUGAAACACAAAAUUGCUCGGACUCUGCAAAAAUUUGUAUUUUACAUGGCAGGCGACGGUGGAAUCACCAUGAGGUCUUUUAAGAUCAUUUGACAGAACUGAAAAUGGGUGAAAAAUGGCCCUUAUCACCAAUAAAUCACGGUUAAAACCGAAAUUCUCGGUGGGAAAGAGACAGGAGGAGGAGAAGAAAUCGCGCCAGGAUGAACUGGACGACCUGUGUGUCAGAGGCUAUGCAUGCAAGUUGUUUCGCGACGAUACUCGGGCAAGGGAGGUACACAAAGGCAGUCAUCUCAUUCCAUGGAUGGGAGAUAACACACUCAUGAUUGACAGGUACGAUGGAAGAGGUCAUCUGCAUGAUCUAAGAGACUUUGAACAGUCAGGAUGGAACGAAGAUAACCAACUCUCUAAAGAGGCAGCACGCAUAGAGGCCAUCUGUGAUGAAGAGCGUUACAUGGCAUUGCAUACAGAUCUCUUAGAGGAACAGCAUAGACAUGAAGAGGAACUGAAACGUUUGAAUGAAGCCAUUACAUCAGACCAGGGUUACAACUGCAUGGAGUUUGGCUAUGGGGCUGGAAAUGAAGACUAUGAUCCUAUGCAACCAACUGAAGAUGAAGCAGAAUCCGGAGAGAAGCAGAAGAAGCUUGUAUCCUGUGACUACGAGCCAACCUCAUAUAAAGAAGAAGAAACGGAACUGGAGGAACCCUUCAUAGCACCUCCAGAGUUAAAACUACCAUCAGGAAUGGAACAGCCGAUGACCUUAAAGUUGCACGUGUUCAUGGAGAAGACAGCUAUGUUUGUGAUCAACCAUGGACCACAGAUGGAAAUCAUCGUCAAGACCAAACAGGCCAACAAUCCACAGUUUGAUUUCCUCCAGUUUGACCAUUUUCUCAACCCUUACUACAAACACAUACUGGCGGCCAUUAAAUCAAAGAUGUACAUUCCCCUCAUGCUCCGAGCACCUGAACCAGACAAGAAAAAACAAGGGGAGAUUGGUAGCAGGCGUAGCAGUAACAGUAACAGCAUACAGAGUGACGAUGAAGAUGAUGAUUUAGAAGGGAGUGGCUAUCUUCACCCUAGUCUCUUUGCCCCGCCCAGGCCCAAACCAGCUGCCUCAUCAGUACAGCAUCCUCCUCCCAGUGCGCCUCACCCUGACAACAUUCCAGCUCAGCUUGGUAUCCAGCAUGGGGAACCCCCCUUUCACAUGAUGGAUCCACAACAACAACAACAACAGCAACCACAGCAACCACAGCAACUCAUGGCAUACUAUGAGGGGGAACCAGUCACCACCCGUGCACACUUCCAUCUACCCCCUAUGCUGGCCCCUCCUCCCCCACCCUUAGAGCACACCAACUCAGGUGCCCCCGUUCAGCUGAGCCACCCAAUUGGACAGCUACCCCCUCCAGGCUUCCUACCCGGGGUCGGGGAGCCGGGUCCCCUACCAGGCCAAGUCAUACCCCAUCACCACCCUGCCUUAUCUAUACAUGAUAGCGCUCAUCCUCUUCCACCUGCUUCUAUGCUGGGACCUCCUCUCAUAAGCCAGGAAUUAACCAUUCCACAUGCUUCGGAUGAAAGUGCAAUCGAGCCCCAGCCACUCCCCAUCGUCCCACCCCCUCCAGACAUUCAGCCAGUCAUAGACAAGCUGGCCAAGUACGUGGCCAAGAACGGAGAUGAGUUUGAAGCCAGUGUCCGUGCUAAGUGCGACCCUCGCUUUGAGUUCCUUGUGCCAUGGCACAGCUACAACGCUUACUACCUCGCUAAGAAGAAAAUGUUUAUCCAGGAAUUCAAUCAGGGUGUAGAGAGCGGCAGUGGAGAGCAGAAGAAUGUAACCGAUAAAUCUAAGAAAGUGCCUGUGCGGUUUCCUAUCAAGCCAAAGAAAGCUGAAGAGCGAACGCUAGAAAGAAAGAGCGCCCUCCCUGUUGAGAGCAGCAGCAGUGACUCUGACGGAGACCAGGAGGACUCCAAUCAAACUACCUCAGCAACCUAUCCUCAAGGCCAAGGCCCAGGCCGCAAGCUCUCAAUGCAUGAUGUACAGUACAAGGAUAUGAUGGACUAUGAUGAUAGCGAGCAACAGUACAGUGGGAUGCAGUAUGGUCCUCAGGGAGCGGGGAGUCAGUACGCCACCGGGGAAGGGGAUGCUUUGUAUCCUAAUCAGGAGUAUGAACAAGAUGAAGCUGAUGAUAGAGGGAUGGCCGAAUAUAGCAGGGAGCAUCAGAGAACUGGGGGUAACCACCAGCGAUUGGAAGACAGACUUGCCAUGGCAGCUAGGAAGAAACUUGCCAGUGCUUCACAGGAGAGAAGUGUGCAGGUUGAGAGACGGAAAAAGCUAGCUCUCUUCCUCAGUCAAGUCAAGGAUAGACCACAGGCUGCUGCUGCUGCUCAGGAGGGGGGCAUGUCAGAUCCAGAAAGGAGCUACAGGGAGGAUUCAGAACGAAGCCACUUGCCCAGCAGACGGAGGUCACCCGUGAGGUCAAAUCGUAGAGAGAGAACAGCAAGCCCGCCGUAUACUGAGAGUAGAAGCAGUCGGAAAGCCCCCUCUGUGCCCAAAUCUUAUCAGACAGCUGUCAACAGAGAGCAAAUGGAAAGGGAGAGGAGAAGAAAGCGUCAUUCCAAGUCUCGGUCUCCCUCCCCCAGGAAGAUGAAGAGAAAGUCCCCUCCCCCACUCGGUGUGGGCACUUCAGCAGUAACUGGCAGGUCCAGUCCUACAUCAUCUCCCACAUUGGAGCCAUUCCAAGACAGAGAGGCAUCGGUAUCUUCACCCGGCAGUGAUUCAAGCUCAAAGAUGGGCAGUCAACUGAACACCCAACCAAGUGGAUCAGAAACCAAAGCAGAUACUAAAGGAGGUGCUAGUGAUUUGCGAGCCAAGAUACGUGCAAUGCUGGCAGCGACCAUGAAUAUGAACAAAGAAGACAUUGGAUGAUAUUGGUUCAGUCAGCAAAGAAACGUUUGUGGAAAGAGCUGCAAAUGGAACUAACGUUUGAAUGAUAUGGAGGAAGAAAUCUCUUUGAAUGCUAGGAUGCAGAAGACAGUGUGAAAGGAGUCCACUUUUCAUUUCCAUAGGAUGACUGAGGCAGUGCUUUGCCCUUGAUAAUCCUAUGGAUCAUAAACCAAGCCGAAAUAUCAAGCCCUUCAGUGUAAUAGAAAGAGGAAAUGACUAUGUGAGUUGUGCUAUCUGAAUGCCAUGAGGAGAGACACCAAAGGAUGGCUCUAAUACUGAGAUGUAAUAUUUAAACUAUUGAGGACUCUUUUGGUUAAACUCUCCUAUUUAUUCACAUUGUUUUAUCUUUCUUUCAAAGAUCUUCCUUCUCUUUAACUUUUAUUUAAAAAAUCAAAACAACAAAGAGAAAAGAAAAAAACUCAGGGACUUUCUUUGAUUAUUUUCAGUGUGUGAAUAACAAACAAACAAAAAAGUAAGAAAAGAAAAAAAAUGUAGGAACAUCCCUUUUACUGUGUGUGUGGAUGGUCGUGUGUUAAUUCCUGAUGUGAAACAGGGUUGUUCUGACGUAGUUCGAAAUAUCCCGAUGUGUUCCGCGAGAUUGUUUCAAUGUUACUGUUAUCACCUAUUGAAGAAAAGGAAGAUCUGUGAAAGCUUUACACUUGAAGAAGUAUCUUCAAGCUUUUAAACCCUUUCACUGCUGCCAUUAACAUUUUGAGAUUGAGUUGUGUGUUAUAAGAAACAGUUGUUGUAUUGAGUAAGUUAAGGAGUGCAUGUUUGUUAGGACAAAUCUGCAUUGGAUAUGUUAUUUUCAAUGUAUAUCUUUUAGAGUCAAAUGCCAUGAUAACAUUCAUGUAUUUCUCCAUAUUUGUGCUUAUUGAAGUAGUUAUUGUAAGAUAGUCUGUAUUUGAAAUUCUGCAGGUAUUGUACAAAAGAAAAAUACUCUUUUGAUUGAAAUCUACUCGUAAUGUCAGGGAAUGUGCAUGUCAGCCAUCUUUUUUCUUCAUUCUUUUUGUGAGGUACGUGUACUUACCACAUUCCUGAAAUUGAAUCGAAGACAUCAUUUCCGUUGGCAAAUAUUAUGAUAUAUUCAUCUGUACCCAGUUAUACAUUACUAAUACAGCCGUGAAAGUACCAGAAAUGUGAUGCUUACAAUUUUGAAAAGCCAUUUUGAAAUAUUUAUUUUUGAAGCAUAUUUAAGAUUGUUAAAUUAUUUAAUCAAGCUGAAUAGCAAUAUGAAAUCCAUCUCGUCAUGAACUGAAAAUACUUGUAAAGAGGCCCAGGGUUUCAUGAGUAAGAAUUAUUGUUCGAGGAACAUUGAAGUAAUUAGCAAAUGUAUUUUCUUGCGUUGGAAAUGAUUGAGUGUUGGGUGUAUUGUGAACAGAAAACAAAUAUGCAUUUGAUUGAAUAAGAACUGAAAAUAUAUAUGCAUUUCAUUGAAUUUUGGCAUAAUCAUCAUUUAUGUGAAACUAAUGUACCAUGUAUUUGUGUAAAUGAACAUGUCAUUUAAAGGAGUUUGAAACAAAAAUCAUUAAAGUGUGUCUAAGAUCAUCUAAUUUUCAGAUUGUAUAUAUAUGUGUGUAUAUAAUGAUUUCAAAGAAAAAAAUUGAAAUAGAUCGGAAUCAAAGAAAUUUGAUUCUUGCAUUGUACGUAAUACAUCUGCAGGAGUUGUUGGUGGUACAUGGAAAACGAACAUGAAUAAAACUUUCUUUGUUGUUUGUCAAAUAAACCAUGUACCAUGACAAAAGACAAGAAAUGCUUGUAAUUCGAAGAUAAUCCACUGAAUACUCUUUCUUUUAUUUUGAAAUGUAUGCUGCUGUGUUUGUGCCAUCAACCUGGAUCGACCAAAUCAAUUGAUUCAUAAUAUAUGUAAUGUAUUUUCCCCGUGACAUGAGAAUUCAUUCUGUUAAUUAAAUGUAAUGUUAAUUGUUAUUUUAUUAUUGAGUAAAGUGGGGGCACGCUACAAGAGUUCUAUCUCGCACCCCGGGGCAACAUGUCUCACACGGCCGGUUGUAGCAACUACUCCGAAGAUCAAGAUACAUUAAUCUGAUCUAAGGAGACACGAACGAACGCUGCUGUUAUGUUAUAUCCAUACAGGGUUAAUCCAUGCUGAAGAAUAUUGUGGGGUUUUCCCCUUCUUUCAAAAGACAAUCUUGAAUGGGUAAUACUAAUCUGCUGAUGUGAUCAGUUAAUCCCCACAUUAUUGUUCAGUGCGAGGGAAGAGUUUGCCAGGAUUUACCAUACUACUAUUACUACUUUUUCUUUUGUAUGCAUAGACAUGUAGUAUUUUGUGCAUACGUGUUUUCACCUCAUAGGCCGUGUUAUUUCAUGUGCUUUUUGCUUUUGCUGUGUAUUCUGCUAGUAAGUUUUUACAAGCUUAGCAAAGAAACAGUAUACUUUAGUGUAUGUAGUUUUUUAUUAUUAUCUUUUUGUUCUCAUCUAUAUAUUCAUUUGUUAUUUCUUUUUUAAUUGUUAAAUUUAUUCUUUCUUUUUUUCUCAGGGGGAGGGGGAUCUUAUUUGAAUUCACCAACAUUUGUUCCUGAAACAUUUACUUCAAGCUUUGUAUUGCCAAAGAUAAAGGGUUAGGCCUUUGGGGUUAGUUUAACCAUAGUGUUAGGUUAGGUUUGAAUAUUUUGUAAGUGUAAAAAUUUGACCAUAGAGCAACUGUUCCUGAAGCAUGUAUUGUAUAAUAAGUCUUACAAAUUCAUCAUGUGGCAGGGUUUGAAUGACAUUAACUCCCACGCCUGUUUUGUAUAUGGCAUUCCUGUUAUUCUACUUCUUGAAUUUAUUUCUUUGAUGUUCUGUAAGGGCUUUCCAUAGAUUUAUAAACUUGAUUGAUUGUCCCCCACAUAUAUAUGUACACUACCUAACCUUCAGAAUGUCUUUCUGUAAUGCAUUCCGAUGGUUCCUAACAAUUUAACUGAUAGAGAUGGGUUUGAUACAAUAACAGUAUUUUCAGACAUAUUCUGCAGCACACGUUACAAGCAUGCUGAAAAAAUCCCAAGUCUUUCACAAAGAAAAGUUGAAGUAAAAACAUCCCAAGACGUACAUGUAAUAAUACUACCGCACUUAAAAACAUUGGUGUUAAACUCUGUAAAAAUAUAACGCGAGAACAUUUGGCUGUUGAGAGCCAGAAGGAUGGCGUUUAAAAAUAUGACUCAACACCCUUCUGGCUCGUGGUAGACAAUAGAGGGCAGUCUCAUAUCUUACACUACAGCUUUGCUAAUGCAAGUGUUGGUUAUUAUUUUGUUGUAUUGCGUGUUAUAGUAAGGAUUUUGCGAUGGGUUUUUCAUCAAUUCCUGCCCAGAUUUAUGUAUUUCCCAAAAGUAGCAGUUUGUUUUUAUAGAUCAACAAUGAUGGCAAUGUAAAUAUUUGUAUGAUGCAAUAAGAGUUAUCAUGCAAAUAUUUUGGUCAAUAGUAUCAGUGGUUUCUAUAGGUUUAAACAGCAUCUUAGAAAUUUUACAUACCGGUAGAUUGUUCCGUGUGCAUUUUUUGUUAUGGUUAGUAUAUGUGUACAUGAAUAUCAGUCACUUACCUUAACAAAAGAAAGAGUAUUCAGAAUGUACAUUGGCAAAAUAUUUUCAUUGUCGAUACAUACAUUGAUCAUCUUUUUUUUAUGAUAAAAAACAAGCAAACUGAGUGCAUAUUUUGAUUACUUACUCAAGAUGUUUGUGGAUGUAGCCUUCCAGCAUUUAUUGACAAUAUCUAUAUGCAAAGAUGAUUAAGGAGAGGAAAAUAGACUCGUCUUUGAAAUACAAAUGAACUUGAUUUUUGCUUGCUUAAUGUAUUUGAGAGUUUAUACAAUGUAUAAACUAAUUGUGUGUUAGUAUUCAGUUGAGAGGGAGCUACCUCUCAUGAAAUAUCAGCCUUUGCAGUGUAGUAGAUUUGUAGGUACCAAAGAAUUUUGUUUUGUUUUUUUGUACAAAAUAAUUACAAAUUGUUAUUUGCCAUUACCGAGAUUCACAUUUUAAGGAACAUGUGUGAUUUCCCAAAGAAGGUGAAUUCUAUUUCACUUUGUUGUAUUGCUAGUAUAUGGCUUACUUGUGACACUACAUAUUUGUUAUUGUUGACAUUUUGGUAUGUUCGUUCACGGAAGCUGGAGAUGUGUAAAUUGUACAUUUAUUUUAUUGAAUUGGUCUUGAUGCCCAACAAAAAGGUGAUUUGUUGCACAUCUAUUUAGUUGUUUCUACUCUUAUGCCAUUUCUAUAAAAUUAAGAAAAGGGGCCUACUCACCCGACACUUUGUAAAUAGUCAAUAUGUAAAAAGUGAGAGAAAGAUGAGAGAGAAUAAACUGUUUUAUCAUUCUUUUCAAGAUAA